AUGGCAAUGGAGCACAUGCAGUCAUCCUUCAUCUCAAAGCUGCCAAUAGUCAUGGCGACCAUCGGAGAAAAGAAAGAACAGCUUGCUGCAAAGAAGCAAGAGCUCUUGGAAAUAAAGCGUAUAGGAAGAGGUACGGAGCAGUUGACGUAUGAACUUGGAAUCCAAUGGGGGACUCUGGAAGUGGAGAUUGAUCUGCUUGAGCACACGGCUAAUCCGUCAUCCUCCUCUUCUUCACUUUCAGCUGCCACCCUACCCUGUGGCUCCGAUCAUACGACUCCAGCAAGCAUGUUGUUUCCCCAAAUGGCACCAUCUUUCCUCCGCCACCUUCUCUUCCACUUCUGGCAUCGUUCUGCGGUCGUUGAAGUCGUUAGCCGCCAUGUCGUUCUCAAUCAGCGAAGACGACGAGGACCACCAGCAUCCACCUCUCCGUUCGACUAUGACCAUUCUCCGGAGCUCUCUCAAAUGCCACUUCUAGGCCACUUUUUGCUCCCCCAUCGUUGCUAUAAGACGACGUGUGUAACCAAGGAAACCCACCGAAAACGGUCAAAGGCAGCUGUAUCAGCCGAAGGUCGGAGAUGUUUUCGUUGCCUUCCUGUUAUGCACGACGUCUCUUUGUCGGUGUUGCAUCUCAGCCCCGUUGGCAUCUAG